AUGACGACCAAAAAAACAGUAGACCCCAAGAGCGGGACUAAAGGCUCUUCAUACCACAGCCAGAAAGCCACCGUUGCCGAUCUUUCUGUAUUGGAGAAAUUGGAUCUGUUGCCUGCUAUUGUGGGGGUUUUGGCUAGCACGGUCCUCGCCCUCUUCACGGGGGUUUGGAAAGCGAAGGAUAGGAGACCGCAGAGUUAUUACCGCUUUGUGGCGCUUACUGGGUUGAGGAAUGUUGUGGCGAGGACGUCGGCGAGACAGCAGCACCUCAUCUCACCACCAACAGACGACGCCUAUGAGCUCGUCUGUAAGCGAAGAGGCCAGACUCCCAAAAGCGAGAUCCUCUCAGAUGGAACACGAGCCCAUUGGAUCGGUGACAGCAAUGCCGAGAAAAUCGUGUUGAACUUCCACGGAGGCGGCUACGUCCUCCCCGCCUCAGAAUUCAUGAUCGAGUUCAUGUUCCAAGUAAUCACCUCCCUCACCUCAGCCGGCAAAUCUGCCUCCUGCCUCUUCCUCGCCUACGGCGACUCCGCCGGCGCCAACCUCGCCCUCUCCCUCCUCUCUCACAUCAACCACCCUCACCCCUCGCCUACCAUCCCGCGCGUUGACCUCCCUGCCCCCUUCUUAGGCCUCGUGUUGAUCUCCCCGUGGGUCAGUUUCGAUACUUCCGCGCCCUCGUUUCAGGAGAAUGAAUUCAAAGACUGUGUUUCCCAACCGGGGGGCAAGAAGUGGAGUGGUGCGUUUCUGGAGUGUCUCUGGCCGCAUGAGGGGAAGAAGGAUUUUUAUAAUGAGGCUUUGAGGGCGCCGGAGGAGUGGUGGCGGGGGUUGGGUGUGGAUGAGGUUUUUGUUGUGUGUGGGAGUGAGGAGGUACUGAGGGAUGGGAUUGUGGAGUUUGAGGGGAAGUUGAGGAGGGGGGUUGAGGGUGGGAGGGGGGAGGGGGAUGGGAAUUGGGGUGGGAAUGGGAGUGGGAAUGGGAGUGGGAAUGGGAAAGCGGGGAAGGGAAGGGUGGAGAUGAUGAUUGUGAAGGGGGAGUAUCAUGAUCAGCCGAAUAUAGAUUUGCAAUUGGGGUAUAAGGAGAAGGAUGAGGGGGAGACGGCGAAGUUGAUUAAGAGCUGGAUUGCGAGUAAACUCUGAAUUGGAGAGAAGGACGGAAGGAGUCCAUGUGGGAGCUGUAAUUAAUGCAGUAAAGCUGACAGAGAUAAAGGCCUGGACGAGGAAGAGCUGUAUAAGUUUGUAUUGACAAGCAAAGAUAUGCUUAUUCCCGAUACUUCCUCCAUUUAUUCAAGUACACUCAAUUCUUAGAACAUAGUUCCCAGC